GGCGAUAGAUUGAAGAGGAACUUCGGUGCUGCUGGCGACGGAUUGCAGCUAAGCCCCAGUCGUCGGACGAUCACUACACCCUCUACUUCGAUGCUGCUGGCGACGGAUUGCAGCUAAGCCCAGCGGCCCAGAUAAUUGCCAUGAAAUGCUCAAGGAACUGAAAACUCCUUAGAAAUCCCAUGAUCAUAAAUAAAUUGGUGGUGGUGUUGAUUAAUUCUUCAUCCAUAUCAGGGUUUUGAAUUUAGAUUUUAAUGCCUUCUGCUUCUGUCGAUGUCAAUGAUGGGGGAGAUGAUGCUAGUGUAUCAUUCCCCCGUGGUGGUCCAGUUUAUGUUCCCGACAUGGUUAGUGCACUCAUGAAGGUUUCAGAUUUUGAACUCUCUGCAUUCAAUGAGCUUAAGAAUCUUAGGGAAGAAGUUUGCUUUGACUCCCUCGAAAUGUAUGAUGACGAAAUCUCGGUAGAAGAACUCAAAAUUGAAAACGAGGAAAAUCUGGUAAACAUGGCAUUUGAAGAAGCAUUCAAGGAUGAUGAGAGAGAAGCACACGUAUCAUCUUCCCAUGAAUCGUCUCAUAUGAUUCCUCUUAGAUCGUGCAAGAAUGGAAAAUUAAAGGAAAAAGGUUCCAGUAAGAGGAAGCACAACCACGUUGAAGAUGAUGAGAGAGAAGCACACAUAUCAACUUCCCAUGAUUCGUCACAUUCGAUUCCACCUCUUAGAUCCUGCAAAAAUGGAAAAUCAAAGAAAAACAAUUCGAGUAAGAGGAAGCACAAUUGCGUUGAAGUAUGCACUUAAAUGACUUAAUUUUUUCUCUCUUCUAUGCUUUAGUAAUAGUGUUCUAUUUACUAAAUUCUCCCCAUCCGCCCAUGCCGCUUCCCACAUAUAUACUGAUCAAUGUCUGGGACUAACAGAGUAAGGAGUAAUUUUCUUGUAGUUAGUUGUUUGCACUUUAUGUUUAGUAGUUAUGCAGUUUUACUUAUUCAUAUCAUAGCAAGUAUUCGUCAUUUUAGAGGACUAGGUCGUGGUUCCUAAUUUUAUGGUUAGUUACAUAGAGUUCCUUGCCAUUAAACCUGUUGUUUUGCUUUUGAAUGAAAUGUCAGAAUUUUC